AUGGUUGCUCUCUUCGCCUUUGCUCUCGCCGCCCUUGUUUCCCUUCCAGCAGCCCUUGCUGAGCCUACUCCCUUUGGCCUUCAAGCACGACAAUCGAAUAUUGGCUUCAUCCCAUCUCAAACCCCGGAAAGUUGCCUCCAAACCACUUGCAAGCCCUUGGCCGACAUUUAUGCCCCCGGCCAAUGCAUCACAUUUGACUGCCUGUGCACUGACAAGGUUUUGGAUGCUAUGAGGACCUGUGUCCCAUGUGUCGUGGCUGCCAACAUCGUUGGUUGGGACCAAGCAGUUGCUGACAGGGCCAUAGCAGGCUUCAUUGAUGCUUGCAACAACAUUGGAAAAACCUUGUCUACGUCUACGUCGAGCGCAUCUCCUUCGAGCAGCUCAUCUUCCAGCGGCGGAGGAUCAUCGACCCAAACAGCUGCAGGUGGUGUGAGCACGGCUAUGAGUGUGAAUAUUGCAGGUCUCCUCUUAGGUGUGGCUCUCGGAGGAAUUGUUCUCGCUUAG